UCAUCGGUAAAACACAUUUUAAUCCAUUUGUUGUCAUUUGCUAAAGAUAUCCAGGGAUUGGACUGUUCUUCAGUGCUUUCAUGGUGGGUUUGACUACUCUACAGGCACGCUACACGGGUGUCUCUCCCAAAGAUUCCGAGGAGUUUUCGUCUGCUUCGCGCUCAGUGAAGCCUGGGCUUAUUGCCUCUGGAAUUGUCUCUGCUUGGACCUGGGCAGCAACGCUACUCCAGUCUAGCGCUGUCGCUUAUAGAUAUGGCAUUUCGGGACCAUGGUGGUAUGCCGCAGGUGCGACAGUACAGGUCCUCUUGUUCGCGCAGCUUGCCGCAAAGCUAAAGCUUAAUGCUCCCUACGCACACACCUGGCUUGAGAUUGUUGCAGCGCGGUGGGGAACUACAGCACAUCUUAUUUUCAUGGUUUUCGGUCUUGCGACAAACUUGAUUGUGUCUUCAAUGCUUGUCUUGGGUGGUUCGGCUACUGUGACGAGUCUGACUGGGAUGAGCACCAUUGCUGCGUGUUUCCUCAUCCCGCUGGGUGUUGCCAUUUAUGUCGUCGUUGGUGGAAUGCGUUCCACACUGCUUUGCGAUUAUACACAUACCACAGUCCUCUUCGCCAUCAUCUUGACGUUUGUGUUCACCGUAUAUGCAACCUCGGAUUACAUUGGUUCUAUCAGCCGCAUGCACUAUUUAUUGAGUGAGGUAUCCCAGAUCUCACCCGUGGCCGGUAAUGCUGGUGGCUCGUACCUGACUCUCCGCUCCCAAAAUGGCCUUAUCUUCGGCGUUAUCAACCUCAUUGGGAACUUCGCAACUGUCUUCCAGGAUCAGGCGUAUUGGCAGCGCGCUAUUGCUAGCAGACCUUCUACGACUGUCAAGGCGUACCUUAUUGGUGGCUUGGCAUGGUUUGCUAUUCCGUUUGCGUUCUCAACGACACUUGGCCUUGCUGCAGUGGCUUUUUCUGCGGUGCCUGCUGCCAACUCUUUGUCACAAGACCCAUUAUCAAGCAGCUUUGUUCCCAUGCUUGCGCCGCUCUCGCAAGAUGCUAUCUCAGAGGGUCUUCCAGCUUCGCUAGCUGCUGCGACGUUGCUUGGGAAAUCGGGCGCAGCUGCACUUCUUGUUGUCCUGUUCCUGGCCGUGACCAGUGCCACGAGUGCGGAGCUCAUCGCGGUAUCUUCUAUUUUAACUUACGAUGUCUAUGUGAGAUAUAUCAAUCCGAAGGCUACGGAACAACAAAUUCUACGCAUGAGUCAUGCAGGGGUUGUUAUCUUUGCACUUGUGAUGGGUAUCGCCGGUGUUAUUUUCUACUACAUCGGAGUGUCCAUGGGUUGGCUUUAUACAUUUAUGGGAGUCAUCCUCGGCUCUGCUGUCUGCCCAAUUGCACUUUGCAUUACCUGGAAAAAAGCUAAUAAAGUGGGUUGUAUUAGUGGUGCGCUCGUUGGUUUUGCCGCGGGUAUUAUUGCCUGGCUGGUGACCACCUCUACGCUUAACCAAAAAGUGAUCAAUGUCACCACGAGCGGAGGCAACUACGAAAUGCUUGCAGGAAACCUUGCAUCGAUCGGUGUUGGUGCUAUUAUCUCAACUGCCAUUUCACUUAUCUGGCCAGAUGACUACGAUUUUUCUUCGACUCGUGCAAUCAAUGGCCGUAGUGCCGCUAUUAGUAAAAAUGUCAACGACGAACUAGAGGAGUCAGAGGAUGAGAAGAAAGUUCCAGAUGUGACAGUGUCAUCCGUGUCAAAUGAGGCGCAAAUCGAUCCGGAGCUGGACCCGGUUGGCCUAAAUAAGGCAUUUAAGUUUGCUGCCAGGGCAUCAAUAAUACUUACUUUGGUACUGCUGAUACUCAUCCCUCUCCCCCUCUUUGGUGCCCAGACGGUCUACAGCGUCACCGGCUUUUCGGUAUGGGUGAUAGUUGGUAUUAUGUGGACAUUCAUGUCGGCGUUCGCAGUCGUGUUAUACCCCCUGUGGGAAAGCAGAGCUGCCAUUGGGCUCAUUUCGAGAGGAAUGAUCAAGGAUAUUUUUUCUCCUGGAAGUGGUAAAUUCGUUGCGCCAUCUUCGAUAAAGGAGCCUGGCGAAUAAAAUUUCGUGACAGCUUUUUUGGAAUUUUUUCAUCUGUCCUUGCAGCCGUACAUGAUAUAGGUGGACAAUACAUAAGGUAUAUGUAAUGCUAUAGGCAAUCACUCGUUCAUUCUAUACUACGGAUGAGAAUAAGGCUCUACGAGUUUUCGAUCCAGACGUUAUGUGUGCUAGUUGUCGCGUUCUCUUGAUUGUGUAAUUCACCCAUGUUAACUAAGCCAAGUUACGACAGCACAGAUGUUUGUAUAACGAGCCAACC